AUGGAACAGGAGCUGGAGAGGCUCAGAGCAGAAAGGACGUUGCGCUGCUCUCACUGCUGUGUCUUUGGGAGCUCUCAGAAAGUUGGAUCCUGCUGCAAAUCCCCCUGUCUUGUUACUGAGCAGAAGCACGUCGCCUUUGUGCUGGCAGGUGUGUCACAAGAAACUGGGGCAUGUUCAGGACUAAAGGCUCUGACCAGCAUUGACGUGGUGAGGGGGGCACAGGUGGAGCUGAAGGCCUCAUCUAACAGCAACAUCGAACAAAGCGGCAGCACUGUCAUCUGGAACUUUAUAUCUGACAGUAUUGUAUUGGUCAUCUCUUACAACAAAGGCUCCACAGUUUAUGGCAGCCAGUUCAAGGGCCGCGUUGGUUUUGUUAACCAGAUGCCUUCACAGGACGUGUCAUUGAUGAUCAACAAAACCCUGGAGUCUGACUCGGGACGCUACGCCUGCCAGGUCAUAACGUCUGGGACAGUCCCUUUCGUCACUGAAUUCAGUCUAAAUGUGAAGGUUCCCCCGUCUCCUCCUAACUGCUCCGUGAUAGGGACACCUACCCUGAGAGGAAAUGUGACUCUGAGCUGCAUGUCCAGUGAGGGGAAACCAGCCCCUUUGUACCACUGGAAGAAAACCAAACCCAAAACUGAGAUCUUCUUCCCACCCAUGCAAAACUCUGAGGCGGGUACUCUGAAGCUGACUAACCUUAGCAGCAACAUGACCGGACUCUACGUCUGCACGGCCAACAAUACAGUCGGAUCAGCAAACUGCUCCAUUAACCUGGAGAUCAUCAGUACCAAUAAAGUGGGAAUGAUUGUUGGAGCGACGGUGGGCUCAGUGCUAGGCUUCAUCUUCCUCAUCUUCAUCCUGAUUGGUUUCCUGGUUGUUUUCAAGAAGCGGAGCUACGUUGAAGACGACAUGGCCAAUGAAAUCAAGGAGGACGCUCAGGCUCCAAAGCGUGUAUCCUGGGCAAAGAGUGGCAUGGGCUCUGAUGUUAUAUCCAAGAAUGGUACUCUCUCCUCCAUCGCCUCCAGCCCGCACCACAGAGGAUACUCUCGCCACCAUGACAGCCAUCACCAGCAGCCUAGGCAUCCAGCAUCAGACACUGCCUCCAUCAUCACUGCCACGGGCAGCACAGGUGGCUACAGACCACCUCGCCACCAGGGGGCCUCUACUCCCACCCACUACAACUACAACAACAGCUCCACCCUGCAGCGUGGCCCGCCCACCUCCACCGAGCCCGUCACCAACGGCAGCUCUGUGCCUGUGCAGGAGCGCUACAGUCAGCUGCCCCAGGCCCAGAUGCUGCAGCAGACCUAUGGCCACCCUCAGACGCAGGCUGUUCCCUCACCACCACCACUGCCCACCUCCACCAUCACUGCCUCCCACAUCAGCCGCAUGGGAGGGGUGCCCAUUAUGGUGCCUGCUCAAAACCAAGCAGGUUCACUAGUCUAACUGCAGCUUGGUGAGCUCAAGGCUCCUCAUCUGGAUUUUCCUGAGGAAAACAUUUGGUUUGGUCAAUCAUUGACAUAACAGAGCAUACAACUAAAAGGCUGCCUAUAUUUCUGUUUGAUUCAAGAAUAUAAUGUUUACCUUCUUUAGAUUUGCUACAUUCUUCUCCACACUCUUCUUUAUUUUAUAUAGACUUGUGUAUUUUUCCAAUAACCUUUGUUCCACACUAUAAAUGAUCUUUUUCAUUUUUUUCUUAUUAUGGUGAUAAACAUCCUAUUUUCGGACACUUUUUCAUUCAAACUGUUGCUUUAUUUUUGAAAACGUUUGUGCAGUGCAUCUGUGUAUUUGUGACGGCAAACAAAGCAAAUCGUUCUCGUCUGCAGUCCAAUGGCAGUUUCUCCUCACUCUGCUUCACAAUAUUUCUGUGAAGAAACUAAAUGAAGAAGCUAAGAUUAUCAGUGCAACAGCAGGGUCUGAAGUAGAAUGCAGACUUUACCAUAGCAGAUGUCUAACAGGAACAAAAAGAUAAUGCAGGGCUUACUUCUGAUUGUUUUUGGUACCUCAAACGUUCUAAUUCUUACUCAGUAUUUAUUUAUGAAGUACAUUUUAUAUGAGAAAUAGCACAAAAUGCCUCACAUGGCAAGAAAACCAUCUUAAUUAUUUGAACACCUUUACUCACCCAACACCAGAUAAACAGCCAGCUGUGACUUUAGAAAAACAAUUUGAUACAUUAAAAUCCAAA